GGCUAUCAAGGCGGCGGGAUAUACUAAAAUCCGCCAACUCAUUGCUCAUCUUCCCAUCUUGAGCGCCAUAACCAGCUUUUCGAGCAGUCGAGUAACACACCAGGUGGCUCUUUUUGUUCGUUAGUGAUGGCAAAGCUCCUUUUAUCGCAUUCAGCGCGCAAUACUUCAUAGGAGCCAGCCGUAUCUACAUUUUGAAUCUCUCCGAGCCGCUGAUGGAUCGUCUCCAGUUGCGACCGGUCGAGACGAGCUCGGUCAAGGCCAGGGCCUUGGAAGAUGCUCAGCAGAUGCAACUGAGUGUCGAUGAGUCUGCUAAGAAGGCUGGAAAAGCCCCGCCAAAGUAUGUUCUGACUGAGCUCAUCGGCAAAGGUAGCUUUGGUCGUGUGUAUAAAGGCAAAGAUACAACCACUGCAACAAUUGUCGCUGUGAAGAUCAUUGACCUAGAUGAGAGCGAUACCGUCAAUCCUCGCAGUGCAGACUCAUACAGCGAAUUCUUGAAAGAGAUCGGUGCCCUAAAACUGUUGAGCGAGAACAAAGCGCGGAACAUCAAUCAUAUCAUUGAUUCAUUGUUGGUUGACCAGACCAUGUGGAUGGUAACGGAGUAUUGUGGAGGUGGAAGUGUUGCGACGCUAAUGAAGCCUACACCGAGGGGCCUACAAGAGAAAUGGAUCGUGCCAAUACUUCGAGAAGUUGCGGAAGCUCUCGGAUGGGUCCAUCGGGCAGGUAUCAUUCAUAGGGACGUCAAAUGCGCAAAUGUUCUUGUUACGGAAGAAGGAGGCGUACAACUCUGUGACUUUGGCGUUGCAGGUAUUGUUGAGACUGCAGCAGAUAAGAGAUCGACGUUUAUAGGAACCCCACAUUGGAUGGCGCCCGAAUUAUUUGUUUCAACGCGAAGCUAUGGCAAAGAGGUAGACAUUUGGGCGUUCGGAUCUAUGGUGUACGAGAUGGCCACGGGACUUCCUCCAAACGCUGCCAACGGUAUCUCAUACGAAAAUUUAGGGAAUCGUUUGAAGACUAGUAUCCCAAGACUUGAAGAUGGAGACUACUCGACACAACUGCGAAACCUGGUUGCCAUUUGCCUUGAGGAGCUUCCAGAUUCUCGUCCAACGAUAGGCCAGAUUCAACAGCACCCUUACAUACACGGCACCGGCUUGAAGUAUCCUACUUCCACACUUUCACAACUAGUUCGAGCAUUUAGGUUGUGGGAACAACACGGCGGCAGUAGAAAGUCUCUUUUUAUGCUCGGUGGCGCUCCAGGAUCGUCAGAAAUUUUAUCGCCCCAAGCUGAUAACGAAUGGAAUUUUAGUACUACUGUUGCGUUCGAUCAAGAGGUUUCGAGAGAAUCUAUCUCUCAAGAUAUUUAUGAGGCAUAUAAUAUGCAAGUGGAGCUUGAUGCCAGUCUUACCCAAGACACUACUCGUCCAAGUCAGCGUCAGAAAGGCUCUAGACGUCGCCCUCCCCCCGAAGUUUUCGACUUACAGGACGUCAUAAAUGUUUAUGGCAGUUCUGUUGAUCUCAGCACUGAGUUCGCAGAAAAGACUUCUAAACCCUCCCGCCAGCAACAAGCAAGAGAACGUGGCAGACGCCGCCCACCGCCAGAGUCAUUGAACCCAAUCAAGGCGCCCCUUGAAAAACUGUUCGAUCCUAAUACAAUCUCCAACUACGAGGAUAACUCAAGGAUACAUUAUGGGCGAGAUUUUGUAAUGCCAGUCUCUGACCUUCCACUGAGAGAAAGGGACGACACGGCUCAGAUAUCUAUCAGAGACACGAUGAUCGAUUUGGGCGGGCAUGACAUUGAAACUGGGCUAUCGAAUUUCCCAGAUCUUACCAUCCGACCUGACCGAGAAAUUCACGCCAGUGAUACUGAUGUCACCGAUGACAUCGAAUACAGCUACGACGAUAAUACUAUGCACGGGUUUGGAAGACCACUGUUAUCAGAUUCAGCUGACAACCCGAACCGUCGCACCCGAGAUUGGAAAUUUCCAUCCGCUCCAGCAGCCUCCUCAGACGUGGAAACAAGCCGCUUUCCAAACACCGCAGCUCCAGCCCGCCCCCCUGUCACGCUUGGAUCCGGUGGUCGUCCGAAACUAGUGCACCACCCCACAGAACCGCUCGGCGUCGGAUUUAACAACUUUAUGGCGUCUGCACCCACUUCCCCGAGACAAUCCAUUCGAGAGUCUCUGAUAGACCUUGAUUUCGGUCUUCCGGAUUCUGCACCGGAGUACGUUCCAGACUACGCUCCAGACUACGCUCCAGAACCAUCUAGACCAUCUACCGCUGAUUCUACAACAAGCAACGAAUUUGUUUCAGGCAAUCCUUUCGAUUUGGAACGCCAUGCGUCGACUAGUUUCCGCAAUGCACCAAGAGAGCCUUCCCUUUAUCUUCCAGGAGAUUCGGGCUUUGCAGGCCAUUUCCGUGCCCGAAGUAAUCUGCAAGAUGUGGCAGAUAUAUCCGACUUCUCAGGCUCAGAUGCCGGGCAAUAUGGCCCACGAAACGGCCACGAAUAUGGCCAGAGAUCCCAACAGAUGUUCGACUACUCUGACGCGGAUUAUUCACAGUCUUCGAUGAUGGAAAAGCCUUUCAACCCGCCCCAAUCAGCUCCAUCCUGGAAUACAUCUCAGGGCGUAGUUUACGGCAUGGAUCGAUUUCCAUCGCUGCCAAUUCCGCCUUCUAUGGGGGCACUAGCAGGAACAUCAUCAUGCGAAGAGAUGGCGGGCGAGCUCCAACGUCUUCUUGGCGGCCUGACCACACAGCUGGAGGCUUACCGAGAUGUUGCCGAAUCUCUCCCUCCAGGCCAAAACGCACCCAGUCAGCGCGAAAAACCCACUCGGAUGGAAUGAGAUGCGCGCUGCAUGGUUGUUUUAUAUGGAUUUUCAAAGAGACCCAAGUACGAUGUUACCAAACCGAUACCACGGAUGAAUUGUAAUUUUUUGUCAGCAUUGAAGGGAACUUCUACGAAACGAAAUCGGCACUUUAUGUACGUUGGGUCGAUAAUGAGUGUAUACAUGAACCAAGUGGGUUUAAGGCGGCUAUAAUCUUUGUUGAUUGAUUAAGGCCUGCCUUUGGUUUUUGUCUCAUAAGACUUGACUUGAAAACUUGAGCGGUUCAAUAGAUAGCGACUCCACACCCGAGUCCAAUGAAACUUUUAUUUUACCUU